AUGGGUCUAUUAUCGAGCGAAUUGUACGUCGACGUCUCUCCACUUAGCUCUAAUGGCACUGGGCAGGUGUUUUAUGCCCAAAAAAGGGGCACGGACGUACCUUUGGCAGUCAAGCAUAUUUCUAUCGAGGACUUCCCUUCUGCACCUGCUUUGCAUUUACUAUAUAUCUAUCAGGUCGCACUAACACUCGACCAUCCAAAUUUGGUGCGCCAUUUCUCAGCCAAACACGAUCUUGCAGGUCGUUGUUUAACAAUCGAUAUGGAACUAUGCGAAGGGGGCACUCUCGCAACUCUACUACACGAUGUGCGUGGACUAAAUAGGAUCUUGAGUGAAACGUUCGUUUGGAGCGUAGUAGGUCAGGUUGCCAGCGCUCUAGCUUAUCUGCAUCUUCCGUUCAGACCUGGGCCUAUAGAGGAGGGUGGGGCAGGCGUACCAGGUGCACAGCCGUGUGAUGCAGGCCCCAUCAUCUACGCCCAUCUUUCCCCCAGAUCCAUACUUCUCACGGAUAGAUCAAUACAUGCACGUAUAAAGCUUUCUGGGUUGACCAGAAUGAUUGUUUUGAAUAGUAGUCAAUCGGCAGUUGCAAUUGACGCAUUUAAUUCGAUGGUAAGCGCAGAGGACACGGACGUCUACAUUGCUCCGGAAGUGAGGUCUGGUGACGGCAAUCUAACUACAAAGAUGGAUGUCUGGGCAUUAGGGUGCCUGAUUUAUGAGAUAUGUCUGCGUAAGAAGCCAAGCUUUGAGGUUCUGAGGCAGGAACGGCCGGCGUUUUCAUCAAUCGAUCUCACAGAUUAUGGGUACUCACCAACGCUUAACAAACUCAUGUACGCUUGCCUAGAGAUUGAUCCAGCACAGAGGAUGACCGCCUCAGAGAUUGUGCUAAUUCCAGAGGUCUCUCAAGCCAUAUUCAACUACGAAGAAGCCAUUAAGUUGCACUUGUCGAGCACAUCCGUGUCAUCUGCCAGCACGCUCACUGACACUGAUCUAUUCAAAACUUUUGUCAAGGAUCACGAUAGCAAGAUCUUGGAUGACGCUAUAGUCAAUGGAAAGGAUGGUCUCUUGACUGAUAUCUGUCAGCACAUAUUGAAGUGCACUGCCAGAGACGCUACUAGCAUAAAGUGCAGCCCAAGAAAUGGGAUUGCCACAGACAAGCAUACCUCAUUGAUGCGUGCAGCUGAGCAGGGAGAUAUUGAUGAUAUGCAUGCCCACUCCUGUGACCUUGGAAAGGUCUACACUGGACCAACUCGGUUGGUGUACCGGAAUGGAAACACUUCAGUAAAGCAUGGCAUGACUGCACUGAUGCUCGCUGCGCACCACAAUCACGUUAAAUGCACAGAGCUGCUGCUUAGAGAGCUGGGAAUUCAUGGCGCGGGCGGUGCAACCUCUCUGAUGUUUGCAGCCAAGAAUGGCAGCACAGACUGUGUAAAGCUCCUCCUGGCAGAGGCGACCUCCCAAGACGAGCAAGGAAGAACUGCUCUCUUCUAUGCAGCCUCCGCUGACAGCAUAGAAGCCGUUGAAUUGCUGGUGCAGAAGGAGGCACGGAUGACCAACACUGAGGGUGCAACGGCGCUCAUGAUCGCUGCCCAGAACGGCCACGUUAAGAGCACGCGUGUCCUCUCUCUUUGGGAGGCAGAGAUGCAAGCCGGCAAGGGGCAAACUGCGCUUAUGUUGGCCGCUCUAAACGGCCAUACAGAGUGCGUUUCAAUACUAGAAAGAUUGGAAGCAGGAAUUCGCUCUAAUUUAGGCAGGUUUGCCCUGUACAAUGCCGCAUCAAACAAUCAUGUCAAGUGUGUUGAAAUAUUAAUGGAGAAGGAAGCAUGCCUGCAAGAUAAUAACGGGGUUUCUGCGCUCAUUAUUGCUUCGCAGAAGGGACACAAGCAAUGCGUUGAGCUUCUCCUACAGGAGGAGGCUGGGUUGUGCAACAUAAUGGGAGGGACCGCUCUCAUGGCCGCUGCUUCUAAGGAUAAUAUUGACUGUAUCGAGCUUCUAAUACCAAAAGAGGCCAGAAUGCAGACAAAAACAGGAAUAACAGCGCUAUACACGGCAGCAUUUCACGAUAAUCCCGCUUCUGUGAUGCUCUUGCUGGACCACGAGGCUAAGAUGACCGAGGAGAGUGGUAUGACCGCCCUUAUGGCGGCUGCGAAGAAAGGCUCGAUCGACUGUAUAUCUAUCUUAGCUCCUUUGGAGAAAAUGUUAAGGGACAAUGAGGGAAACACUGCGCUAAUGCUUGCUGCUGCUAACAAUAAGCCAGACUCUGUACGGGCCCUUGCGUUGAUAGAAGGAGGGGCCCAAAAGAGCGAUGGAACAACAGCGUUGAUGAUAGCCGCUGAAAGAGGGUACCUGCAGUGUGUCCUUCUCCUGAUUCCCAUUGAAGCAAGGAUCCAGAGGACAGAUGGAGUAACCGCCCUCAUGCUGGCAGCAACAAAUGGCCAUACUGAGUGUGUGAAGCACCUGAAGGCUUUCGAGAACUCUCUCAAGGCCUUGAACGGAAGCGACGUGUCAGAUUAUGUGAGAAAAAACCGUAGUCCACGAGUGUCUAGGCGUUCGUUCUCUGCAUGCAUGUCUCUGCUAAUGAAGAACUAA